GCACCUGGAUGAAAACAAAAUCCCACGUGACUGGCCCUGCGCUCAGACCAUCAUGGCGUCUCCCAGUGGGAAGGGAUCCUGGACGCCCGAGGCUCCUGGCUUCGGGCCGCGGGCGCUAGCUCGGGACCUGGUGGACUCGGUGGACGACGCCGAGGGGUUGUACGUGGCGGUCGAGCGGUGUCCGCUGUGCAACACCACUCGCCGGCGGUUGACUUGCGCCAAGUGCGUCCAGAGCGGUGAUUUCGUCUAUUUCGACGGCCGCGACAGGGAGAGGUUUAUUGACAAGAAGGAAAGGCUAAGCCAGCUUAAGAGCAAGCAAGAAGAAUUUCAGAAAGAAGUACUAAAAGCGAUGGAAGGAAAACGGCUAACAGAUCAGUUGAGAUGGAAAAUCAUGUCGUGCAAGAUGAGGAUUGAACAGCUGAGACAAACAAUCUGUAAAGGAAAUGAAGAAAUGAAGAAAAAUUCUGAAGGCCUUCUCAAAAACAAGGAAAAGAACCAGAAGCUUUACAGCCGAGCACAGCGGCACCAAGAGAAGAAGGAGAAGAUUCAGCGGCACAACCGCAAGCUGGGGGACCUGGUGGAGAAGAAAACCAUUGACUUGAAGGGUCAUUACGACGGACUGGCGCGUCUGCGAAGGUCCCACAUCCUAGAGCUCACCUCCAUCAUCUUCCCAAUGGACGAAGUGAAGACUUCUGUGAGAGAUCCUGCAGACGUGUCUUCGGAGAGUGACAGUGCCAUGACCUCCAGCAUGGUGAGCAAGCUUGCUGAGGCCCGGAGGACAACUUACCUCUCCGGAAGAUGGGUCUGUGAUGACCACAAUGGUGACACCAGUAUUAGCAUUACAGGCCCUUGGAUUAGCCUCCCGAACAACGGGGACUACUCUGCCUACUACAAUUGGGUAGAAGAGAAGAAGACAACCCAAGGGCCUGACAUGGAGCAUAACAACCCUGCCUACACCAUCAGUGCUGCGCUGGGCUAUGCUACUCAGCUGGUCAACAUCGUCUCUCACAUACUGGAUGUCAAUCUGCCCAAAAAACUGUGCAACAGUGAGUUCUGUGGGGAAAACCUCAGCAAACAGAAACUGACUCGUGCGGUGAAGAGACUGAACGCAAACAUCCUCUACCUUUGUUCCUCUCAGCAUGUGAAUUUGGAUCAGUUACAACCACUGCAUACCCUCAGGAACUUAAUGCAUCUGGUCAGCCCCCACUCAGAGCACCUAGGCAGGUCAGGACCCUUUGAAGUGCGAGCAGACCUUGAGGAGUCCAUGGAAUUUGUGGACCCUGGAGCUGCUGGAGAAUCAGAUGUGAGUGGAGACGAGCGUGUAAGCGAUGAGGAGACUGACCUGGGCACAGACUGGGAGAACCUGCCUAGCCCCCGAUUCUGUGACAUCCCUUCCCAGCCCGUGGAAGUUUCCCAGAGCCAGAGCACCCAGGCAUCUCCACCCAUAGCCAGCAGCAGUGCUGGUGGGAUGAUCUCGUCGGCCGCAGCCUCGGUGACCUCCUGGUUCAAAGCAUAUACUGGACACCGCUAAUGAGAGUGGACCAGGACAUGUGAAAUCUUUCCCACUGCACUCUAAUAACCUUGUCUCUGUAGUUAUCAGAGGGGCUAACCUAGCGCUAGGACAAGCACAUGUGCCUGUCAGGUGGCCUGUGAUGGUGAUUGACGUGCUCAGGACCUCUGCCAGCCCUGAGCUUGUGGCCUCCUGGCCCCUGGUCUUAGCUCCUUCGACCCCACAGUGUGCUGGUUCCUGGGAUGCUGAGUCUUCCCGACACUAAGUUCUAGACUUUGUCAGAUCACAAGGAAGUGUUUCUUGGUCGUGAGAAAUGGAAGACAAAAGCUGAGUUUGUUUUUUUCUGUCAUCUUUUUGAGAGACUUGCCAGCCACAGCUUUGGUCUUACGGGGGAGGCCGUCGUCUGGGGAGGGGAGGUGGUGGUGAAAGCUUUUUGCUAUCGUUGUCGUCAUGCAUCACAUUCCUGAUUUUCUACCACACACCAAAGACACCGCCGUCUCUAGUCUACAGACCCACAUCACGGAUGGGGGAGUCCUAGCUGGGAUGUUUGGAGAUGUCCAGACAGUUUCCUUGUAUUCUGAGGGGAAAUGGGUUCAUUCUUGUGUAAGUCAUUGGAGUUCUCUGUACUAUACUCAUUUUAAAGUAGUACUUUUUCCCUUUAUCAUUCCCUAUAUGAGCUAAAUGCUGCCUGGGCACAGAUUGAACACUUGAUUAAGUGGUCAUUCUCUUGCUGUCCAGUUUCUUGGUGGGGAGGUGUUCCGGGGAAACCCCUCCUGCUUGUUCCGGGUGUCUCCUUGGCUCUGGAGGCAGCACCUUGUGCAGAGUGUGGAGCACCGUGCAGCAGUUCCAGGAAGUGCUCGAGGAAUUUCCUCCAAGAGACCAUUUUAAUGACAAUCUUACAGAAAACUAUAACGAGAGGCAUUAUGUUCAAAUUUGUAAGUAGUUCUUUCUUAUUUCUAAUAACUUCAAAAAAGAAAGAAGGCCUAUGUAACAGACCACAGAAGUCCUGUGAAAAGCGCCCUUCAAGGCGGUGGCCGUACCUUCCUAGUGUGCCUGGUGCCAUGGUAUGUACCUCAGGCAAGUCCUUCAGGGGUUCGCUGCCCCCUAGCUUCUGUUUACCGUUAUGGUUGAUACUUUGCAGACUUAGGUGCUAUAGAGUUCUUGCUGUUGGUAGACUUGUAGAAAGGAUUGUAUUCCUACCAGGAGCCCCAUGGUCUCCUGCUCUAAAUCUCCACCUGAGGAGGAGACAGCUUCCCUCUUGCAGGCAUUCAUUUGACUGAAGUCUGUCCUGCUCAGCUUCAUAAUUGUUGCUUGCAUUUUCCCUCUACUUCUAGAAUUUGUAGACUGAGUCUGGUAGAAUGAACAGAUACCAGCUGAAAAAGAAACCAUGAGCUUGAGAGGAAGCUUCAGAAAGUGUAGACGUCACGCACUCCUGUCUACAGCGGUCAACAAAGCAGAAGCAGGAAGUGUAGGGUUGAUGGUAUUUUGUUUUUAGUAUCAAAUGGAGGCACUUUGGUCACUUUACGUCACAGGAAAUGACUGCCCUAGGCUGCUGAAAUCCUUUGAGUUUCAUUAUUUUGCACUGGACCCACCUGUUGUAAAUAUUCUUAAGUACACAUUUCAACCACUGUUUCCCCCGUACUCUUUGCUGCUUAUAAAACCUCCCAUGUAGGUGCAAGAACCAUAUGUAAACAGCUUUCUGAAGAAAUGGAGCUGGUAUUUUUUUAAACCAAAAGCCAUAGAAGUUGGUCAUGUUUCCCAUUUUAAAAUGAUUUAUUGAAACAAGGUAAUACUAAUUGAAACUCCGAGUACCGCGCGUAGGCUGCUUAAAUGGUCUUAAAAAAGACAUUUUUAUGUAAUUGAAUAGAACCAAGGAAAGUUUGCCACCUGUGUGACUUACUGGAGAGACAGUAAGUCACCGUAGUAUGGACAGUACUGGGCGAGGAGUCGGGGUGCUCUGGAAGGAAUUGAGCAUCAGAACCCCUCGCUGCAUCUGAGACUUCCACAUCAGGGUGGGUCACACAGAUGUCCUCUCAACUUUUACUGUAUUACUGCAAUAAAUCCUUUAACAGCACUCGGCUCUGUGUGCCUUUUCCCGGUUACCAUUUGUUUCUGCUACAUUGAAGUUAACAAGAGUGCAAGCCAACCCUGGAGUGCUUCAUGUAAAUUAAAGAGGAACGCUUAAAGAAUGUUUUGCGUGGUAAGAAAUUUGUUUUUAAAAUUACUGAUUACGGUGCCUUUAGUCAUGAUGGCCCAUCUUUGGCAAACAAGAAAGUAGUUGUUUGUCACAUAUUUCAUUCUCUAAAGACCUGUUUUUCCUUGAUUGCCAUAACCUUGAGUGGGCCUCUGAGAUGCCCACAUGGAACCUGCUCACUCACAUGUUAGAGGGACUUCUCAAGCCAAGAUGAGUCUGCUAGCUUUGGAAAUCUGUUUUGUAUUUAAUCUCUCAGAUGGCACCAGUAGCUUCCGGGGGAGUGUGGAAGAGCCACCUAGAAGUGGAGGGGUAAGUGACUGAGGUGGGACAGGUUGGGCCCUCAGGAAGGAUGCUGAAUGGUCAGUCAUGCCCGUUCAUUGCUUUCUCUGGGAUGGAAGGAAGGCUCUUCAAAGAGGGGUUGAGCUUCUGAGUUGCUGCCUUUCCGUCUUCCUAGGUAGAAGCCAGAAGCAGGUGUCCGUGUAAAUGAAGGAAGGUGUUUCAUCCACGGUCACAUUUGUCUGGGGCAGGAAGUGAGGCAGAUGGGAAGAAAAGGAGACUUCCCAGUCGGUAGGAACGCUUCAGUAAAGUGUGACAGGAAGGCCUGGGCGUGACCUCUGAGCGCCUCAGUUGUGCUGCCCCCCCCCCCCCCCAAGCAUCUGGUGAGAAAAGAGCCUGGAAAGGGGUUUUCACCCAUAGAGUUAAACCGAUGAAGCAAAUUUUUCUCUAAACACCAAAAGCCACCAGGGUGGCACACUUCAUUAUGAAAAUCACUUUGUGUGCACACAUGUGUGAUGUCAAACAACUCUUGUGAGUCUUUUCUCAUUCUGCUGUGUCCCAGAGAUGGAACUCAGGUCUGCAGAUGUGGUAGCCAGUGCUUUUACCCACUGGGCCACCUCGGCAACCUGGGACAGACUUCUUGAAGAAUUCAAAUGGUGACUCAGCAAGAACCACAAUAACAUGUUGUCAUUGUGUGUUUGUAGAAAGGAGUACAAGGGGCUGGGAUGUGAGAGAGGGUCUGAUGGAAACUUUAAUGGACUUAAAAUGCAAGAAAUUAAUCUGAAAAGAUGGCUUAGAGGUUAAGAGUACUGGCUGCUUUUGCAGAGGACCUUAAUUCAAUUCCCAGCACCCUCGUGGUGGCUCACAACCAUCCUAACUCUAGUUCCAGGGGAUCCAGUGCCGCCUUCUGGCUUCUGUGGGCAUCAGAGAUUCGUGUGCUGCAAAUACAUAUAUGCAGGCAAAGCAUUAAUACACAUACAAAUAAGUCUUAUACAUCAUUGUUUUGUUUUUGAAGCAGUCUCUCAAUGCGAAGCUCUGGCUGACCUGAAACUUGCUAUGUAGACCAGGCUAACUUCAAAUUUACAGAGAUCCACCUGCCCCUGGCUCCUGAGUGCUGGGAUUAAAGGCAUCAGCUACCAUGUCCAAGCUAUAAAUCUUUUUUUCAAAGCCAAGAAAUUGACUAGAGGUUCAAGGUCAGUGAUGACAGUGGGCUGGGGCAGGUUGAGAGAAAACUCUUUAGUGAAGACUCUCGUUCCGAAGUGUUGAUGCUCCCAGAACCAGCAUCAUCAUCAUUCCACACCCACCUCACUUUGGAGUAUGGUGGUGUAGCAUUUAUUAUGACUUCCGAGGACAGCCAGAUGUUGAGGAAAGUACUUCCCUAUACUUGUUUAGUGGUGCAUUUCCUAAAUUCGGAAGACAUUUCUGCAGGUAUAAACAAGUAUGUGCAUAGCUAGCUCUUUGGAUAAUUGCUCAUUGGUUUAGCAGCAGUAGUCAGGAGGUGUCAACAGUGACAGGCAUGGCAUCUGAUCCUCAGUUGAGGAGGAGGUGGUCUAGUGGUGACAGGGAAAUAACACUUUCUGGUGGGUGCUGCUGCUGAUGGCAUAAGAGAAUUCUGACUCCUUGAUGACCUUAGAGAAAGACUGUCAAAGCAGAGAUCAUCCGCUGCACUGGGCAUGCCCAAGAUGCUUACUCUAACAUUUCUCCCAUUCUACUGGGUGUGAGACUGUAACUGCAAAAUUAGUAUCACCUGGGAACUUGCUAGAAAUUCUGCAUCUGGGGCACUCCCUCGGGCCCACUAAAUCACAACCUUCCUUUCUACACAUCUGUGUACUGUUUAAGAUCAUUGAAGUAGAGCUGCAUGGUCAAGAGGAAAUAGAACUUAAUGCAGUGAUUUGCUCAUGGUCUCACUAAAAGUUAUUCUGUUCUGAAAUUGGAAUAUCUAAGCACUAAGGGCCUCUGGAAGAGCCUCAAGAUUUAGGCAAUAGGUUCCUUCUUCCCAGGCACAGAGGAGGAGAUUCUGAAGUAGCCUUUAAGGGGCUUUACAUUGGGGAAAGUCUGUCUGAUGCAGUGACUGCACCUGCUUCUUAUAUCCUGCCUAGGGCUUUCUUGGGUUAUCUCCCCUUUGCCCUUCCAGGCUCACUCCUUCUUGCUCAGUGGCCAGAGGCUGAUUGGCGGCAUCACCUUUUGAUGCCUUCCUGCUUCAUCCCAUCUGUUUCUUCCAGGCCUGGGAGCCCUCAGACCCAUCACUACACACAGUCCUUGGUUUUGUCAUGUAUACCUUGUGAAGCAGCGCUGCCACCUUGGACUCCUGGGGACUCCCACUUCCGGAAGUUGAUUCUAUAGUUUAAGGAUGAGCCUUGAGCUUUGUCCUCCACAGAUAAGGGCCCUUAAGUCUUUGGCUAGGUGUGAUGACCUGUGCCUUUAUUCCUAACACUGGGAAGCAAAGGCAGAGGCAGGUGUAUCUGAGUUGAGGUUAGCCUGGUGUGAUGGUUUGAAAAAAAAGUGGCCCACAAAGGGAGUGGCAUGGUUAGGAGGUGUGGCCUUGUUGGAGGGAGUGUGUUACUGUGGAGGUGAGCUUUGAGAUCGCAUAUGUUCAAGCUACUCCCAAUGAGAUAGACCACCUCCUGUUGCCUGCAAGCCAAGAUGUAGGACACUUGGCUACUUCUCCAGCACCAUAUCUGCCUGCAUGUCACCAUGUCACUCCAUGAAGAUAAUGGACUAAACCUCUGAAAAUGUAAGCCACCUUAAUUAAAUGUUUUUCCUUUUGUAAGA